UGUGCCGGUACCCAUAGUGGUUAGGUUCGUAAGCGUGGUAUGUUGGUACUAUCUGUGUUGCUUAGUGUGUGUCUGAUCGUGGAUUCGUGCAGUCGUAUUUCUGGAGGCGGGAAAGGCGACUUGGUUUUGUGUAUUUAAUAAUAUUGUUGUGCAUGUUCCAGAUUUAUUACAAGUGGAGUGGAACAAGCGACAUUUAAGAAUGAAAGAAAAUUCAACGUGUUGAAUCUGUUUGCGAGAGGCUGAUCACGUGAUUUGCCGUUUCGGGGGAAUGAACUCUACACCUCAAACAUUACGUGGGAGAGACGGAAUGGACAGCCAUCUUGCAUUGUUUCUCGUUCUACUUGUGACAGCAUUUUCAUCACAGGUUGGCUCAAAGGCUUACGACAAAGCGUCAGUUGGAGUUCUGAUCGACCUUCACGUCCCUGGCUCAGAAGAUAUGACGUCGCCUCAACCUCACUGUGGUGCUUUGAAUCUCCCGGCUGUACAGUACAUCCUAGCAGCCAGAUGGGCUGCAGAGGUAAUCAACAACCAGUCAGUUUCUCAGGGAAUUAAAAUUGGAAUUGAGUUAUUUGAUACGUGUGGCUUGAGAGAAAUUGCAAUGAGAGACGUGUUUUUUGCUGUGAAGAAUGCGCUGGAGCCCCGAGGAAAGCUGCCUUUACUAGGCCUAAUUGGAAUGGGUGACCCAGAUGUGGUAGGCGAAACUGUAACAACUCUUCAUGCUUUCAACAUCCCGUUAAUAUUAGCUUCACCGAGAUUGGCAGAUUCUGUAACUCAAGAAGGAAACAUAUUGACGACAGCGCCGGAUAUGAGUGGCGUGGUGAAGCCCCUUUUGACAGUGGGAAAAGAACUAGGAAUUACGUCAAUAAAUCUCAUUUCAUCAUGCUCGCACAGCAUUAAAAAGUUUGGACAGAUUGCCACGGAGAUGGGUAUCCUGGUUGGCCGGAUACUACAGAUUACUAAACAUUCAAAUGUCAUCGGGGAUAUUGUGAAGAAAUUUCUUGAAGAGUUGGAACCGAAUGAAGCGAUAGCUUUGAUUCUUGAUCCAGAGGAGAUUUAUGCACUAGCUCAACACUUGAGAAGCUACGAAUUACACAACAGCGUGUUAUUAACUGGAACAAUUGGCCUUGACAAGAACUUACUCAAGUUAUGGAAGAACAUUUUUACUGGAGGUUACCUCAUAGAACCUCAUAUGCCUGAAUUACCAGACUUCAGAAAUUACUUCCUUUAUAAACUGCAGACUGCCUCGACUAACGACGACACACUGGUACAUGAAUACAUGGAAAUGAUGUAUGACUGCAAAUGGGGCUGGAAGAAUGAUUCUCAGAAUUUUGCAAAAGACUGUGGGACACUACAAGAGUCAGAACUGUCUAGAAAGCUCGAAGUCGCUCCUGAGGUGACGUUUGUCGUGAAAGCUGUCUCCGCAUUUUCCGCGGCCGUGUUUUUAGUUCAGGUGGAGAAAUGCCAGGGGCGCAACUUGUCUGAAUGCUUACGUACUACAAACAUCAACCUACAGCAAGAGAUUUUGUCAGUGCUGUCACAGCUUAGUUUCACUUCGCAACACAAGGCUCCAUUUGAGCUCCAGGGGACAAGUAUUCACGUUACGCACGACGGACAGCUCAUCUCAAACAAAUAUGUUAUUUUUCACAUUCGAGACACCGGAGAUGUCAGCGGGAUUGGGUGGUACUCAGAUGAUCAAGGGCUGGUUCUUGAUCACAAUGCUGGAUCAGUGAUGUUGCAUUUCUUGAAUGGCCGGAGGAAGGUCUCGAGCAGUGAGAAACAGGGCAGAGGAUAUGAAGCAGACGCCUUCCCAAAAAUGAAAGAGGUAUUUGAGAAAGACGGGAUAUUGGCCAGCCUGCAGGAUGCUGCUGUCAAAGGCAUUCAGGUGCCAGCGGUGGGUAGAAACGUCAAGUUCGCAGGAGAAGACGGGUCGGGCGUGAAUGUAAUACGAGUGACGCCCGAGAGUUCUAUCACUCGACCGUGGGCCACGGUAAUGGUGGCCGUAGCGGCCGUAGGAACUUGCAUAACCAUGUUCAUGUUGGUGUACGUGCUCAUCAAGAUAUGUGACGGCACACUAGCAGGAAAUCAGUCUCUUGGCAUUGUCCUCCUGCUUGGCAUCAUGACUCUGUACGUCAGCAUCGUGCUGUUUGUACUUCCUGCCAGCGAGAUGCGAUGUAUUCUAAGAGCAUUCCUCCAUCCCAUAGCGAUGAGCCUCUGUUACGGCAUUCUCAUUAUUAAAUUAAUGCAGUUACGUUCAUUGGUUUUGCUGGGUUUGGGUGGGAGAAUUUCAUAUAUUAAUCAGUAUAUCAUUUUAUUUUUUAUUGUCUUAGUUCAAGUAGUAAUCAAUGUACAAUGGUUCCUAGCAAACAGACCCCAGUUCAGAGUCGAUUCUGAAGGUAUUGCAUAUUGCUUCAUGCCUCGAACAGAUUUCCUUCUGCUGCAUCUUUAUGUUACAAUUCUCGUGAUAAUCGCUUUCUUGUAUGGACUGUCUGUCCUCAAGAUCAGGAGAAACUACAAGGAGGGGCACUGGGUAACAUUGGCCGCGUUUCUUACGAUGCCAGUGCUCGUGGUCUGGGGUAUCGUCUGUUCGUUUGUUCCCGAGAAAUAUAACGACCCGACUGUAUGUGUCGCUCUUGUCGUCCUUGCAACAGUUUUGGUAUUAGCUCUUUUUAUUCCUAAGAUGAGUACCAUUUCAAAACAGAGCUCACAUUUCAAACACAAAAAGAUGCACAUGUCUGAUUCUGUGACGACGGUCUUCACAACAUUCACGAACUUACAUAAUUCAUCCACGUCUGGCAGCAGGAAGAAGGGCGCCCGAACACCUCACCGACAGCAGCACUUCAAUGCCGGCAUGUUGGAUGCUUAUGCUGACAACAUAACCAAGAACCCCAUUUAUGAAGUCACUAAUGGUGCAUAUCCUUGAUGAAACAUACAUUCUGCAGUUAAUCUUGGUAGACAUGGACGUUCUAGGUCCUUGUUCUGAUUUAGUUUUAUAAAACAUACAGUGAUAGUAUUUAUUUAUUAUCAUGGAGGAAAUUAAAUUUCAUACCAUGUAACGAUAAGUGUCACAGUACUCAUUCAAUUGGUAUUGUUUGUUUCACCAAAUAUCAGGUGUUGUAACUGCGGUUUCUCUGAGCUAAACAGUCACUUUCAGCAGUGCCAUAGCAUACCUCAUUCAGUAUAAUAUUAGACUAGAUGUGUCAUACCGGUCAGUUGUAUAAUUUCACUGCCAUGUGAAAUAAAAGAUCGCAAGUUACAUGCGUCCUAAGAAUGUGAUUUGUUAGUUGGGAAUUGAAGUUCCAUUUGAAGGAUAUUUCCAGUUUAGAUUUUAUCUUGUUCAUAGUAACGGUAAACCCUUAUACCAAAUGACAGCGAAACUGGAAACAUUGACAAGUUCAAACAGGUACAUGUCGGUUUCUUCAUUGGGUUUUUGCACUAUAUAUGUGUGUGGCAUACCGCCAAAAUACCACAUGGCACGACAACCCAGAAGACCACUGUCUAUAUUCACAUCUUCGUGAGAAACUCAACUCCUACGCAGACUAAUUAAUUGUUUUUAAAACAAUAGUUGACUUUUCUUGUAAAUUCUUCAUUUUCUUGCUGCUGUAAUUUUUGUUUGAUAAUGUGACACGGUGGUCCAGC